AAAUUAUAUUAAUUAAAACUACAAAAAAUAAAAAAACUUUAAGAGGAAUUUUAAAAAAUAUGUUUUCGUUGGCAGUUAAAUAAAUUUGAAUCUACUGUAAUCGUCGCUCUUAUUUGGACACGUGGUUCAGUCUGAAAACAAGAUGGCAGCCUGCGUGUGUGUGUUCAAACUGCUAUAAAUAAGAUAAUUUAUAAUCAUUCAUUCAUUAUUAUUACUAUUAUUAUUACAGUAGACUUUGAGAUAUCAGUCCAGCUCCAGCUGUGAGGUCGUUAUGGCUGAUGUGACUACAGAGUCCUGCAUCCUGAACCAAGAAUCCUGCAUCCAAGCAGAAGCUCCACAGGAGAAAACAAACCAAGCAGAACCUACAGAAGAAAGCAAGAAUGAAGGAGAAGAACGAGAAGGACGUGAAGAACGAGAAGAACAAGAAAAACGUGAGGAACGAGAAGGAUGUGAAGGACGAGAAGAACAAGAAGAACGAGAAGGACGCAGCAACUCCAACAUCUACAACUACAUCAAGGAGGAUCUGUUCACCUCUGAGAUCUUCAAGGUGAAGAUCCAGAACCUGCCCAAGUACAUCUGCUUCAACGACCUGAAGAAGUUCCUGAACAAACAUGGGCUGAACCCACACAAGAUCAAGCUGAUGGGGAAGGAGAGCUUCGCCUUCGUCACCUUCAAAAACCAGAAGGACAGGGACGAGGCCAUGAAGCUGGUCCACGGCGUUCAGUGGAAGGGGAAAGUCCUGAGCGUGCGAUUGGCCAAGCCCAAAGCCGACCCCCUCAUCAGGAAGCGCAGGCUGGACGAAGAGGCGGCGGACGCGGGACAGCCCGCGGCCAAACGUCCCGCCGAGGGACACGACGGCGCCGAGGACGAACCCCUCAGUGUCCAGAUCGCCAACGCGGUCACGCCCCUGUGGCAGGUUCCUUACGACGAGCAGCUCAGGAGGAAGGAGCGGGAGGUGGAGGAGGUUCUGCACACGCUCACCAGGGAGAUAGGGAACAGUAAUAAAGCCAUGCUGCCGUGGCUGUUCAUGCAGAAGGAGAAGAAUAACGGUGUGUGCUGUCCGCUCGAGUCCAUCAGACCCUCACCUGUACAGACGGAGUACAGGAAUAAGUGUGAGUUUGUGAUCGGUACCGGUGCGGAUGGAGAGGAUAAGACGGUGGGGUUUCGCUUGGGGAAGUAUAAAGGAGGCUCGUGCGCCGUGGCGAGUCCCUCAGACACCGUCCACGUCCCUGCAGCAGCCAAACGCGUCGUUCUCGCCUUCCAGAACUACAUCAGAACGACUCCCUAUGCUGUGUACAGUCCGGAGAAGUACGAGGGUCACUGGAGGCAGCUCACCGUCCGCACGAGCAGAACCAACCAGAUCAUGGCCAUCGUCUUCUUCCAUCCACAGAAACUGGCGGAGGACGAGAUGGCGUCUCUGAAGGCGUCUCUGAGACGCUAUUUUACGGACAGCGAGGGGAAGGACAGCGGCGUUACGUCUCUGCACUUCGUGCGAAUGGGGCAGAGGACGUCUGCAGGGACGGAGGAUUUGCCGUGUGAGCUGGUGGCCGGUGACGCGUGGAUCCACGAGGAGCUGCUCGGUCUCCGAUUCCGCAUUUCUCCUCACUCCUUCUUCCAGACGAACACUCCAGCGGCGGAGGUGCUGUACUCGGCUGUAGGGGAAUGGGCUCAGCUGGACCACGACAGCACCGUGCUGGAUGUGUGCUGUGGAACAGGAACCAUCGGCAUCUCUCUGGCCAAAAGAGUGAGGAAGGUGAUUGGAAUUGAACUGUGUCAGGAGGCAGUGGACGAUGCUAAAGUGAACGCACAAGCGAACGGUUUGACCAACAUUGAGUUCCACUGUGGUAAAGCGGAGGACAUUUUCCCCACCGUUCUCAACGCCGUGGUGUCUCCUAAUGUUACUGCUAUUGUAGAUCCUCCACGAGCAGGACUGAAUUCCAAGGUGAUUUUGGCGAUCAGAUGGGCGGAGCAUCUGAAGAGGCUGGUGUACGUCGCCUGUAACGCUAAAGCAGCCAUGAACAACUUCAUCGAUCUGUGCAGAGCUCCGUCUAACCGUGUUCGUGGAGCGCCGUUCCGUCCGGUGCGAGCGAUGGCCGUGGAUCUUUUCCCUCAGACCAUGCACUGCGAGACCAUCCUGCUGUUCGAGAGGGUCGACUACUAGCUCCAGCGCUAACAACGCCGAGAACCGACUCUAAAGCUAAUGCUAUAUCUCAUAAAUCUCAUAAAGCUUGUAAAUCUAGCUACCGCUAAUCCUACUGAGGCUAGUAAUGAAUUAUUUGAUAUUAAUUUGCAUCUCAUUUACGUGCUUAGCCUUUACAACAUUUUAUUUUCUCGAAGAAGCAUUCGCUUUAAUGGAUCUGAACUUCUUUUGCAAAUGGACUCGAGAUGUAUAAUUUUAAUUUCAACCAUUUUGUAAAACCUUUAAAACAGUGCAAACAUGAAAUCUAGGUUUUUGUUUUUUUUUCUGACCCAGAAAUGAGCUCCGUCCCUUUUCCUUUACUCGUGUAAAAGACGUACAGAGGUUCAGAUUGUUAUCAUCAUCAUCAUCAUCAUCAUCGCAAAUGUGAUUCACCUUGUAGGCACCAGAGAGCGGAAGAGUUACAUACAGCUGCUUUAAUUUUCUUAUUGUACAUUGAAAUGGAAAUGACGCACGAAUAAAGAAUGAGAAACGUCUGGUUACA